CGAGCCAGUCAUCAGUAUUCGUAUAGGCGCUGCCAUAAUUGGUCGCCCGUGCUGUUUGCUUACCGAUUACUGCGCAAAACCCUUAGAAAAAUUAUAUACGGUUACUUAUAACUUCGAAAAAGUAAAUGUGGAUAUGUGUGUCACGUGGAUAAUGCAACCCUCGCUUUGUAAACGAAAAUGACUUACACGGAAAUAUUGGUCGACUCCCAACUACUCGUAUGUUAAAACUUCUGUUAUUAUCUUUAUAGUCUUGUUUUCAAAUUAAGAAAAAAACGAAUAUGAUUUCUGCCUAAUGAUUGUUGUGAAAUUUACCUCUCUAGAUAUAACCAAUAAUCUCCGAAUUGAAACCAUAUUGGAGAGAUAUAUGGUGACGCGUUCGAGUCAGAACACACUUAUCUCAAGAAAAUCAAUAUAUAAAUAUCGAUUAUCUCGCCCACUCACAACCCAAAAAUUAUUCAUUGUUUAACGGAAAAGAAAGAUGAGGAGAGAGUGAGGUUUUGGCUGAGAGAGAGAGAGAAAGAGAGAGAGAGGAAAAAAGAGAAGAUCGAGGGUAGAGGUGGAGGCGGUAAUGAACGUAGUGACCACCAGGGAGUUGAACGGGCGACCCCAGCCGACAUGGAGCCUCCCAAGUUUUACCCUGGAGUAGCCGCCCUCAAGUUAUAUACCGGAGCCAACGUCUACAGGAGCCCUCGGCGACUCCCACCGCCCUUUGUCCCGUCCGGAAGUGUUGGUUUGGUCAAGGGUGACCUAAUUAAGAUGGAUGGUGUUUCGGCUAGUGAGCACAUGAACGGAUCCUCAGGAGCAUCACAGGGUGGGUCAUCAGGGCGGUCCUCACCUUCAGAUCCUGCACCAAACAAGAUGUUCGUGGGUGGCCUUUCCUGGCAAACAACCCCCGAGAAAUUGCGGGAAUAUUUUGGUUCUUACGGCACAGUGAGGGACGUUCUCAUCAUGAAAGAUCCUGUAACGCAGAGGAGUCGUGGUUUUGGUUUUAUCACAUUUGGAGAUGCUAGCAGUGUUGAGAAGGUCAUUGCUGUUCCCAACCAUGUACUUGAUGGUAAAAAGAUUGAUCCCAAACAUGCCACACCUAAGAACAAGGGGCGCACCAACCGCACAAAGAAAAUCUUUGUAGGUGGUGUCAGUCAAGAAACAAGUGCAGAGGAAGUUAAAGCUUACUUUUCGUCCUUUGGCAAGGUUGAGGAAGCAGUGAUGCUUAUGGAUAACCAGACCAAGCGACAUCGUGGGUUUGGGUUUGUCACAUUUGAGUGUGAAGAUGUAGUCGAGCGUGUGUGUGAUAUUCACUUCCACACCAUCAAGAACAAGAAGGUUGAAUGCAAGAAAGCCCAGCCAAAAGAGGCAGUGCAGGCAGCCUCUCUCCUUUCAAAGAGGCUGAUAGUGGGUCAGACUGGUCUUGCAAACCCAAUUGUAACUGCCCAGUCAGCUCACAUCCAGGCUGCUGCAGCUGCUGCUGCUGCUGCCCAAGCAGCUGCACUAAGUGGCUAUGGAAAGCUAGUGGGUGGGGGUACAUAUCCUCCCUUGUCAGCCUACCGCUACACUCCUUAUCCUUUGCCAUCCGCUGCUUUGACCUCAGGUGGUCCCCCAGGUGCAGGUCUGCCUGGAGGCCCUACCCUGACUGCAGUUUCUGCUGCCCCCACCAUGGCCAACCAUUCAGCAGCUUUCUCUUCCCCUGCCACACAAACCCUGCCUACUCUCUCUACACAUGCAGGUCUCACUACCCCAUACCAGGGCUACUCGCUCACUAAUGUAGACAUGAGCUCCUUCCAAGGGGUAGAUUGGAGUGCCAUGUAUGGUGUGGGCAUGUAUGCUUAGUUGUGUACACAAGUGCCCUCUCACGUCCACCUGACUGCUUGACCAUGACUCAUAGUAACCCUUUCCACCCACCGUCCUUAGUUCAGUUGUCGGCCCUUUUAUUUUUUUCCCCAUGAUUUACUUGAGUCCCCUUCCCUCGCCUAACUUACACUUUGAGUCCAGCCCGCCCAUUAUGCCGCUGUGAGCUCUCCUCUGCACCAGAUAUUCUCAGCCUCAGGGAAUUGUGCAUAAUUUUAAGUUGUUCUCUGUGCACCCUUUGUCAUUUAGUCCUCAUAUUUUUCUAUCCUAGUUUUCUUCAUUUAUUUCUGUCUUCCCUUCAUCAACCCCAUUCCUGUUAAGAUUUGAUUUGUGCCAUCUCAUUAUGGUGGCCUUCCCAGCUUGUUGCGACAAUGAAAGAGUGCCAUACCGGAACCUUGGUACUGGGCUGGGCUCAUUGUGACCCAGAUAGAUCUCUACAGUACUUAGUAUUAUGUCUCUCUAGGCAGUGCUACUGCUGCCAACCAUUUAGUCCAUGUACUUAAACAUUUUUCUCAAACAUGAAGGUUUUUGUUUAUUUAUUUUUGUUAAUGUACGUGUGCGUUUAUAGGGUUUAAGUGUCAUUGCUAAGCAUAACUUGCCCAGGCCAAGUUCAAAUACUUGGACCUGCUCAAUGUGAACAAAGCAAGAUGUAAAUAUUUGUUUACGGAUAAGACUUAUGGCUGUAAAAAGGUCUUGGCAUACAAGGAUAGGGUGAUAACCCUAGACUUGCCAUGUAAAACUUUGUCUUGGCUCCUCUGAAUGGGGAGCCACUUUGGUCUGCCCCUCUUGCAUAAAAGAAUGGGCAACAGUUCGUUUUCAUUUUUACAGCAGAAUACUUUUAUUUGAUUUUUGCAUGACACUGGGGAUCAAGAUUUUAGAUUUGAGUUACUGUUAAGGUCACAAGAGUUCAUGGGGCCGGGAUGCAGAGCCCCUGCCAGCCCUUGUUAAAAAGAGUCAGUGGAGUUGGUCCCCUGCUGACUACAUUCCACACUGGUCAGUGACUUUUAGCCGCUGCAAGUCUGCUUGAGCGGCUGGGACUAGCUUACUAUAGCAAGUGUGUAGUAAUAAGUGCGGAGCAAUACUCAGUGUGCGUUGCGUUUGCUUCUCAAGUCUUCUCUGUGAAACACAUAACACCUCAGUGGUACUUGCUGUGUUACAACCCAUGUACCAUGUACCUUAUUCCUUGACCUGACUUUCCUUCCAGUCACCCCCAUCAGUCCCUCCCCACCCCCACCCACCUAUACCACAGCCUGCCUGCCAUGUGUGCCAUCAUGCACCCACUUUUUGCAGCCAUGAACUGUACUUGUACACCAAAUGGUGCACAUGGCAACGCCCACCGCUGCAGCCAUGAGAGCGUCGUGUGGUGCACAUGGGGACCUUGGAGGCCUGGUCUUGAGGUUGCCUCGGCGAUGUAAGUAUUUUGGACGAGCUCUCACCGCAACACCGACUGUUUCCAGCAAGUGGUAACCACGGUAACAACCAUCUCUGGCAUGCUACGUAUCCAUUAAUAUCCUUCUAGGCCUGUCUAGGAAGUCUGGUACCAACGUAGGCAGCAUAACAUUUUGAUACUUAUUUUUAUUUGCACCACAUUGGAAUGACCAGCAAAAACCAUGUAGGCCUUUUAUAAAUUUACUUCUAUUGUACAACAUUGAUCUCUGUUUUCAUGUUUCUGCAUAGGCCUAGAGUGAGCCAAUAGCUUAGAAUGUAAUGUAAAUAGCUUUAUGUGUGGUGGAUUACCUACAAGGAUUCCCGUGGUUUGAUAUAAGGCCAUUGUUAGACUAUGGAAACUUGGUAGCCUAUAUGUCUGGGAUAUUUUUCCUUUUUUUUUAUUUUAUUUUUUUAUUUUUUAUCUUUUGAGAUUGUGGCUGUUGUUGAGCAGAGGAGCUCGGAAUGCCUAGAUUGUCCUCUCCACCUGCCUCUGUAACCCCCGUGUGUGUAAAUGAUGGGACGGGAGGGCGACCCACUCCUGCCUACGCAGGCAGUCCAGGGCUUAGUAUAAUUCAGUAUUUUGGGAAUUUCCGUAGUUUCAAUAGUAGUUCAUUUUUAUUUCUAUAUUAUGAUUAAUAUAUGAAAUCAAUAAAUUUGUUUUUAAUUUCUCCACAGAUGAAUAUUAGAAUAAAUAUUUUUCACUAGUAGCAUUCACGGGGAAAUUUUUUUUAAUGCCCUUGAUGGCUUAAGACUACCUAAGUACAUAAUAUCCCAUUGUUGCAAGUAGCCAGUUAUUUCAAUAUUUGUCAGUACUGAAAGCCCAGACUGGGUCCUCCUUCAAUCUCUGCCCUGAGGUACAGAUAAGUCAAUUGGCAGUUGGCAGACAAUAGGGUUUUCUUAUGUCUGUCAGUCUCCUUUAUCUGUGUCUAACCAGGGGCCUCAGAACCACUCCCAUACGUUACCUCCUGUGUACCAUCUACACUGUAUUUUCAUCAUUUUGUACUGUUUAUGAUGUUGGCCCAAAGCUCUGGGAUCAACGCCCACCACUGGUAUGUCGGUCAACCGUAGAUUUUGGGUCUCCUUUUUUUUUAUCCCAUUAUUAAGAAUUAUUCAGCUCAUAGAUGCGUAUGAGUCCUUUUUCAUAUGCAUGAAUGAGGUGAAAAAUUUAUUUGCUGGAGUGGGUAAUUUUGUGGGUAAUGCAGCAUUACCAGUUGGUAGAGAAGUUUUCUCAUACAGUAGUUCUGUGAGCUGAAUUAUUUACCUACUCUCCUCUGGGGUUUGUUACCUAGCUUAGCAACUCGUCUUUAGCCUAAACCACUAGUAGUUUCAAUAAAUAAUAUUUCAUUCUUCUAUUAUAUGUGCCACUCUUGAGUCUUAUUUAUUUAUACUGUGGAUCUAACUUUAACAUUGCUAGCCAAGCACUGUCUAUCCAAUAGUUUAAAAGUCACUCCAUUAUUUUAUUUGUAGCUUUGUCUUAUAUCUGUUUGUGUACUUAAUGGGGUGUUAAAAAGACAACAGUUCAAGUCUAGUCAUACCAGAUGUGAUGCUUAGAUUUUGUUUAAUACCUUUCUUUUUUAGUAGAACUUUGCAUUAAAUAAUAGUUUUGUCUUAGAGAUCUCUUUGAAUGUACCGUAGAAUUUUUGCCAGUGGCGUAACAGUCAUGAUGACCUUUUGAUUCUAAACAUUUGCCAGAAUUUUAACGUCCCCCCUUUUUUUUCCUCUUCGUUAUUGAUGAGCAAAGGAGUCUGGCAUAAAUUCUGCCAAGUGUUUUAAUCAUUGGUAUUACCAGGUAUUCUCCCACAAAUUAGAAAAGUAAUAUUCUGGGGCCUUGAAUCAUCAUUGUGAGGAUUCUGACAGUCUCAAGCUAUAUAAACUUUUGUUGAUUUUUGGGUAAACAUGAUAGCUACAUGUAGAGUAGUUUUCCUCAAGGCAACAUGCUUUUAAGAUAAGCAAUGUAGUAUUGAGGCAUUUGUUACAUGUGACACAGCUUACGCUCUGUUAUGCAUUGUGAGAUAGCGGUGACAAGAGGGUAGAUAGUGCAGUGGUUACCAUUAAUUUGCCCCCAGAGGUGCUAGUAGUGCUACACAGGGCCAAGUUUGGGUAGCCCAAUUGCGGACCAAAUAAAUCGGAUGCAGCAAUAAGUGUUGUUAUUUUUUCAUGAGGGAAUAAAGACAUCAGAGGGAAAUUAAUAUUUUUGCAUUUUAUAAACCAAACCCUUUUGCUCAAUCACCCCCUGCUCAAUGUGGAGCUGUCCACCAAGAGCUAGGCAGAGAUGAGUUGCUGGAGCUCUAGAUCCAGACAAACCUCAGAGGAUGAUAGGUGGAGACAUGGUACAAAUAAACUCGUGCAUCAGAAAUGCAUCUUAGUUGAUAAGGGAUAUAAAGCAUUUAUAACCCAUUUUCAGGAAGUGUGUCCACCAAGGCAUAAUGCAGUGUUUUAACCCGAGUUGACAGUUCUAAGAGUGACCUACAAACCAGCCAGUGGGCCUGUUGACCCUAGCAGCAGUAUGGGUGUGCCAGUGGUGAUGGUGGUGUGGUGGUGGUGGUGGUGGUGUGGUGGUGGUGGUAGUGGCGGUGUAGGACUGCCACAGCACGAUGAUCAUAAAAACCAAACUCUCUACCCAAUGGUGUAGGGUGAACCACAGCUUACAUAUAGGUUUAUUUUUCUGUGUUGUCUUAUUAGAGAGCUUUAUCAUUAGAAAACAUUAUUUGCUCUGUGUAUUGUAAGGAAGUGUUGAAUGUUCUUCAAUGUGUUGUAAAAUUACUGCUGGGCUAUUUAUAGUAAGCAACAAUUGAUAGCAGUCGAGUUUAUUUUGACAUGAAUUAAAGGCAUUAUGAUCACAUUAGAAUUAAGGGAAUAUUAGUGGGAUGUUUUUAUGAGUACUUGCUGUGCUGUUUAUUAGCUGGAAGGCAAAGCUGUAAUAAAGGCUCAUUUUCGGUAGCUUAGGGCGAGGCAGCUAUAAUAGAAGUGGCAGCUGUUUAGUGUCGUAGGUGAGCCUCCAUAAUAUUAUAAUUGAUGUAGUUUAGUUGUGCUGAUGUGGAAGGUGCAGUUGCCAGUUUAUUUUUUUUGUUAGGCUGAUUUGUGCCAUAGUCUGGUAUUGGGGUGGGGAUCAUUAUUUUGGGGGAAUACUAGGGUGGGGGGUUAUACUAGCUUACAUGGACCAAAUAGAUGCACUUUGGCUAUAUAUUUAGAUAAAUUUAAUGUCGGUUAAUUGUUGUUAGCAUAGCCAGUGUUCAUUUACUCAGCUGAUCUCCCUCCUGAGUCUUCCUAAGUGUGGGGUUCAUCCUACUAGUGUUACUCCUCCUGAAGACAGCAUAUAUGCAUUGGAGGCACAGACACAUUGUUUCUAGCCCCACUGGAGCACACUGGGUUGCUGUUAACUUCUCAUUGUAGGAAUUGUCCGGCAGUUCAGUUUUCCAAGCUCCAACUAUUAAUGUUAAGGUCAAGUGCCAAAGUGGUAAUACAGAGUCAUUUACCAUCAGCCAUGUCUGUUCUUGUCUUCAUAAAGGUAAAAAGAAAAAAAAAAGAGGCUGUUUACUACAUAACAUUGGCCACUAGUAUACCCUUGAUGCCUUAUUCAUCGAUGGCGGGUUUCUAAAGAAGUUUUAAAGAGACGAUCGUCAGUGAUUCUUCCAGGCAUCUCGGUUGCUGCUAAUGGUAAAUGUCGUACAAAUUUUUAAAUUUUAAUACUUUUGAGAUUCGACACCACCACACCACUACAAUUCUGCAAAGCCCUUGAGCCAUGCAAAUAUGUUAAUGACUGUGUUUACCUAGAUGUAUACAGGAUUACCACAUGCCGUGAAGCAAUAAGUGUCGAAACCCUCUAUUUUUGUACAUAAGACUGUGAGCAUUAAUGAUAUAUAAAGUCAGUAAUAAAAGUGAAAUAUUUUCAAAACCAAUGUGCAGUGUGUGUCUAUUAUUAUAUUUGAACAUCUUAUCCACAUGCAUAUAAGUGGUACACACUGGACUUAGUACAUAUUAAAGAAAAAAAAUACAUACACAUGAAGGAAGGGGUCUGACAUAACCCAUAUAUAAAAUCUAUAAGGUAAUUUGUUUUGCUUCUAAUGUGACUUUGGUUUUAGACUAUCUUUCUCUGCUUUUGUGUUUUGGCAUUGGACCCUUCUCCUGUGGUUUGCUCUUUUGGAUUAUUACAUAGCGUGCCCAAGUUACCCCAGCAUAGGGUAACCUAUUUUCUUGUAUGUACUUUACUGUGUUGUAGACUAGUGGUAUCUACAUUGUAUACCGACCAAGGCUGUAGUGUGGUAGAGAGGACUCUUGCGCAGAUGUCACUUCCCAGAUGCUUGCCUACUUGUAUUAGGUGUGCAUGUAUCGGGAGUAAUGUCUUGCGCAGCAGCCAAGGGACCCAGGCACGCGGCCCGCCUCCUGUGACGUAACUAUGACCGUCAUCUUUGCUCCCAGCGCAGCCAGGCCGGCCUUGCAUGUCGUAGCCUCCCUGAGUCCAUGAACCAGGGAGCAAUAUCUUUUUCUCGCUGUGGUAAUGUAUUGAAUGUGCUAGAUUGUCUACCAUUUUUUGGAUUUCUUUGUAAACCUUAAAGUAGAGCUUUCACACAGUUAAAGCAAACUGAGGACUUAUCGUUGCAUUGGCAUAUUGAUUGAUUAGAGCACCACUGUACAGAUGUGCUUUAAGCAAGAUGAGUGCAUUCUAACGAUAAAUGAAACUUGCUUUCAACAUGAAAGAUCUGCUUGAGAAACACAUAUGAACAUAAGAAACACGGGACUGUCUUGUGUUAAUGCCGAAAGAUAAACACAGCCAACACUGACAUACACACACUCGCACACACACAAAAUAUAAACACUAGCUGUAGGGUUGACCUGUGUAGAGUCAGCCUUGUGUAGGGUUGACCUCUACUCUUGCCUCCCGAGGCUGCUGUGCCCCACCCACCACCACCUGCCCGCCAUCUAACGUGCCACUCUUUAGUUUGCUCUCUUUACCUAUUGACUGCCUGUAAUGCUAUUAGCUUUUAUCAAUGGUAUUUGGUCUUUGACACUGUAAACUACCUAAAUAUCAAUUUCAAUGCUAGUUUGAGUCUGGAGUGUGUUGUGGGAGGUGGUGGGUAGGCGCUCCUGAUGUUCCCCUUAGCUGCGGUCACAAACUUGAUACCCACCAUCCGUCACGCCCACCCCAAUGCUACUGUUGUUAUUGUAGCUUAAUGGAAGCAGCCCUAGAAUAUGCUCUGGCCAAUAUCAUGUGUCAGGGUAGUGGUGGGCGGGGCAAUGGUGUUGAGAGAACUAGAAGUGGUACUGUAGGUACAGCUGUACUGUAGUCGUGUCUGAGCUGUAGGUUUGGUAUUGUAGCCGACCUAGCAUCAUAGUGCUCGCCCGACGCCUCUGUACAGGACCUUAGUCAGCCGGCCGCCGCAGCCCGCAGCCCAGCCCCAUGGUAGAUGCAUCACCCUCCUUAAUCAUACCCUCACUGACAUUCAUGCCUGCCCUGGGCCUUCACACUAUUGGAAUGACCCCUAACUAAAGUUAAAUGGACAAAUUUGUCCCCCGAGGGUUAAUGUAAUUAACGAGGGUCAACUGCUUUACCUUAGCUUUUUGUCCCUUUCUAGUGGAAUGUCAAGAGGAAAUUCCACUUACCAGAAGUUAUUUUUGUUUCUUUAAAGAAUAAGUGUUAUUUUUAUUCGGAGGUGGGUUGCAAGCUCGCGGGCAGCUGAGACUUUGUGAGCAUUGCACAGUGUAGUUUGUACAUCUAGUAAUAAAAUGUCUAUGGUAGAGAG